UUCUAACACUUAUGAGCAUGCACAAGUCAAAACAUUAUUCCUCUGGGUAGCUGUUUAGCUGUCAGCUGUAGGAAGGUGAAUGUAACCUGCGUGCAGCUCUGGGCUCAUUUAUUUUUUAUCAGUGUUGAGUGAUUCAUUCUGUAUGCCCCAUUUAUCAUGCUCUGUGUUUGCUGUGAAUAUAACCGGAGCGAGGAACUUAGGGUCACAGGCAAUGAAGAUGUCGAACACUAAUCCAACAGGUGUUCCCACUCCCUCUGCCUUUUGUAUACACAUAUUCAAAUCACCUAAGGCAAGCCAGGGUAGGGGCUGAUAAACUCGCUGCUGAUUUCCCUAGCAAAUAAGGCCCACGGCUGCUGGACCAAACUCUGGCUUCACAUGCACACCAGAAAGAAAGGGCUGCUUGCAUGAGACAGGAUGCUUUCAUGGAGCCCUUUAGCACCACAUUUUGUGACUUGCAAUGCAAAAUCUGUGUUCUGCUUUUAGGUAUUUGUUCUGCCUUGAAGUUGACAGUCCCAUCACAUACCAUCCGUGGUAUUAAAGGGCAGUCCCUCACUCUCCCAGUUGACUACAAUUUCAACAUUACAGUUUCCAAUAUCCAGAUAAUAUGGCUGUUUGAGAAGCCACCAACAACCCCCAUAUUUCUGAUUGGCUGCUUGGUAAAUCACUCAGUAGUUCCAGACUUGGAAUAUAGGCACAAAAUCGCACUUAAGCCUCCCAAUGCAUCCUUGCAGAUAAGAUCUCUGAACUUCAGCGAUGAAGGCAAUUAUAUUAUCAAAAUCAAUAUUGAUGGAAACCGAACGAUACCUGCAAGUGCAAAGGUUCAAGUUACCGUGGAUGUUCCUGUCACAAAGCCAGUCAUAUACAUUGAACCCUUUGCUGGAGUCGUGGAGAACAGUGGGAACAUUACUUUGAACUGCACUGUGGAGGAAGGCACACGGGUCGCUUACCAGUGGUUGAAAAAUGGAAAUCCCAUUGAAGCUGGCACUAUCUAUUCCUUGUCAGCAAACAACAGCACGCUUCGGAUUGUCCCUGUCGUCAAAGAAGCCAUUGGGAAUUACAGCUGUUUAGCAGAAAACCCAGUCAGUGCAAUGGAGAGUGACGUGAUCGUGCCAACUAUAUAUUAUGGGCCCUAUGGACUUACCAUAAAUUCUGACAAUGGCCAGAAGUUAGGGGAUUAUUUUACGUUUAACAAAGGGGAAGCAGUCCAGCUUUACUGCUCAGCAGAUUCCAAUCCACCAAAUAUUUUUUAUUCAUGGACCCAGAGGGCUGACAACUCCACGCGCCUCAUUAAGUACGGAAGGUCCCUGGAAGUUGUAUCUGAGAAGGUGACGCAGAAAACAGAAGAAUACAGGUGCAGAGCUCUCAACAACAAGACUGGGAAGUGGAAAGAAACCCACAUAUUUGUGAUUAUGAUGCCAAAAGGACUGGAGCAGCUGGCUCAAAGAGAAAAAUAUUUGUCUCCACUAGGAAUAAUAUGUGGAAUUUCCUUAUUUUUGAUAGUAUCAAUGUUCCUUCUAGCAUUAUGGAAAAGAUUCCAGCCUCAUAAAGUUCUACAGCAGAAGCUGCAGACCAGGCCUGAAGCAGAUUACAGAAAAGCACAAACUAUUUCAGGGCAUGAAAACGCGCUGGAUGAUUUUGGAAUAUAUGAAUUUGUUGCCUUUCCUGACGCUGCAGGAAUUUCAAGGGUGUCAAGUUGGUCAGUUUCUGUCUCUGAUACUGCACAAGGCCAGGAUUUUAAUGGAACAGUUUAUGAAGUUAUUCGGCACAUUCCUGAACAAUAUCAAGAACGUCAAGAAGGCACAUGAAAAGAAAAUGAAAGCAUAGGGAUGAAAUCUGUUUUUGGAAAUAGAAGAAGCAACAAAUGCCACAGCAUGGGAAAGGAUCGACCUGUCCCUUCUAAUGACAAUGCCAUCUCAAGUUUAAUAAGCUUCUUUGCACAUUUCUAAUGUUAUAUAUAUAUAUAUAUAUAUAUAUAUAUAUUAGCCUUGUUUAAAUUAUAUAUUGCUUACAGCUGCUGAUUACAAUUUAGACUGUAAAAGUUACAAAUCCAACAAUGAAAUGUCUAAGUGUUGGCUAUUCCAUUACUGUAUUCUAAAAUAUUGGAUUGCUGCCAUCUGUGCCCAAUGAGAAGGAUCUCUAAUGCUUGUUUUUGUUUUUGUUUUUU